AUGAAGGACUCGCUCUUCGAGGAGUGCUACUUCGAGGACGUCACCUCCAGCAACACCUUCUUCAAGAACUGCACCUUCAUCUCCACCGUCUUCUACAACACGGGUAGGACGGGAGCGAGGGGGGGGGUCAGGGCGGUCCCCGAGGAGGGUGACGAAGAUGAGGGUGACGAAGAUGAGGGUGACCCCACCAAACUCCCGUUCUCCAUCCCGACAGAUCUCUUUGAGUACAAGUUCAUCAACAGCCGGGUGGUGAACAGCACCUUCCUGCACAACAAGGAGGGCUGCCAGCUGGACUUCAGCGACGACAACAACGCCUACAUGAUCUACUUCGUCAGCUUCCUGGGCACCUUGGCCGUCCUCCCCGGGAACAUCGUCUCCGCCCUCCUCAUGGACAAGAUCGGCCGCCUCCGCAUGCUGGGUGGGCACCAAGGAAGACCCGGGGAGGGGGAGUCGGCCAUGAUCGCGCUGCUCUGCCUCUUCGGCGGCGUCAGCAUCGCCUCCUGGAACGCCCUCGACGUGCUCACCGUAGAGCUCUACCCCUCCGACAAGAG